AUGCUUUCUGUCCUGCAGAACGCCCUAAAGAACGGGGAGUGCUCGGAGUCCUCGGACAAGCAGUCGGGGACCAAGAGGAAGAACAACAAGAAGAACCGAAGCAGAAAGAAGAGCAACUCCGUGUCAUCGAAGCAGUGGAAGGUUGGUGACAGCUGUAAUGCGGUUUGGUCUGAGGAUGGCAACAUCUACCUGGCCACUAUUGUCUCCAUUAAUCACAAGAGGGGGACGUGCGUCGUUAUUUACACUGGAUAUGGCAAUAAGGAAGAGCAGAACCUGUCUGACCUACUUCCUGCAGCCAUCGAUGAAGCAGUAUAUGAGGUGGGAAAUUCUCGGGAGAAUGAAAAUGAGACUCAAUAUUCAACAGAUGAAAGUGAAAAAUCUUCCCAAUCACCUCAAAACAAAAACUGCACAAAAGCUAGAUUCUCUCCUCGAAAUUUACGUUUUCCCAUGCCCCAUGCAGCUCCAGGCCUGAGAAAGCCUGGAUCGAAAUUAAAUGCUCCUCUGCCAUUUUCAUCUUGCUGGCCCCCUCCCUUCCCAGCAGGACCCCCGCUGAUUCCUCCUCCACCCCCUAUCGGGCCAGAUUCCCACGAGGAUGAUGAAGCGUUGGGGAGCAUGUUGAUAGCCUGGUACAUGACUGGUUAUCACACUGGGUAUUACCUGGGUUUAAAGCAGAGUCGAAUGGAAGCUGCCCUAGAGAGAGAAUCCCAUCCUAAAUAACUGAAUAUCCAACAUCGUCUUGAAGGACUCCAGGUUCAAGUCUCUCCCACGGAGAGGGAUAUAUCACUUGUGAAUUGGUGGAUGGUGAAGAUCAGAAUUUUAUCAAGACAACCUCGUUUUGUUAAUAGUGAUAUAAUUAGUAGACAAAUUACUGGAGACUAGAAAUUCUAUGUUCAUUGAAGCAGAUUAUUUCCUAACAACAUCCAGUCAAACAUAUUUAGUAAGCACUGCAGCA